CUGCAGUUCGAAUCCAAAACAUCUAUCUAUAGUACCGAGAACGAGCGAACGAUGUUUAACUCGGUGAAUCUAGGCAACUUCUGCUCCCAAACGCGCAAAGACAGGACUUCUGAGUUUGGGGACAGGGCAGGGUGCGCCUCCAACCUCUAUCUCCCAAGCUGCACCUAUUAUGUGCCCGAAUUUUCUGCGGUCUCUUCGUUUCUACCACAGGCCCCGUCUCGGCAAAUCACCUAUCCUUAUUCCACAAAUCUGUCUCAAGUACAACCGGUUCGAGAGGUUUCCUACGGUUUGGACCCGUCCAGUAAAUGGCACCACAGAAGCAGUUAUGCAUCCUGCUACACAGGAGAGGACCUGAUGCACAGGGACUGUCUUCCGCCAUCCACCAUGACAGAAAUGCUUAUGAAAAACGAGAGUGUCUACAGCCAUCACCACCAUCACCAUCCUAGCGCCAACCAUUCAUCCACAGGUUUUUACUCGAGCGUGGGGAAAAACAACGUUCUUCCUCAAGGUUUUGAUCGCUUUUUCGAGAGUGCACAAUGCGCUGUAGACAACCAGCUAGAGAAUUGUUUACACAAAAGCGAGACGAGCAAGCUGGAAUCAGAGUCCCAGCCUUCGAACGCUAUCUCCGGCGCUACAGAACCGGAAAAGGACGCGGAGGAUGAGGAAGAAAAUACAAAUUCGGGAUCCUGCGGGUCUUCCUCAGGCACGAAGGAUGGAAACGCCAGCAAGAACAGCCAUUCGAUUCGAGGUACUCCACGCGCAAGGAAGAAGAGAUGUCCAUACACCAAGUUUCAGAUCCGGGAAUUGGAGCGGGAAUUUUUCUUCAACGUUUAUAUUAACAAGGAGAAACGUCUGCAGCUUUCCCGAAUGCUGAACCUGACAGACCGACAGGUCAAAAUCUGGUUUCAGAAUCGCAGAAUGAAAGAAAAGAAAUUAAGCCGAGAUCGUUUGCAAUAUUUUUCUGGCAAUCCUCUAUUGUGAACAGCAAGUAUUAUCUUUAACUAAGCAUCAGUAUUAUGAUUGAAAUUAUAAAAUCGACUUUUUACUGAAGGGAAGAUAAGGUUCAUACAGUUAAAAUGUAUAACGCGGCAACAUAAAUUUGUUGGACUUUGAAGACUGUGUUUUCUGAGGUAAUUUGCGCAAUAUUAUGCUCUCAAAAAUAAGAACCAGCGAAAGACUUUUUUCAGAUUCUGAAAGACUCUUCAAAACAGAUGCUAAAGCAUUCUAAAUUUUAGUUUUCGUAUUGGAAGGUUGCAAAUUUAUGAAAACGAUGUAGGGGCUCUUAAACUCCUAAAUGUUUAUCAGCAGGCCCUAUACCUUCUUUUGUUUUUCAUUUCGCAUGCAUCGUAUAUUAUUUGUAAAAUAUGUAAUAUUCACGAAACACGAUUCACGAACUUUAUAUUUUAUAAUAUACGCUUAAUUGUUC